AAGUGUCGCUAUAAGCACUACUAUCUAUGCUUUAUGUACGGUACAUACAAAAAUAUACUAUUCAGCCAAGUCAAAAGCCUGCAAGCGAUUUUAGCACUCCAUACUCUACUAGAGUAAUUUACCAAUGACCGGACACUAGCGGUUUUCGUACACUCUAUCUCGAUCUCGUGACCAUCAAGAUUCUACAGUGAUUGUAGGGUGUGGAAUGUAUCCACUGUUAGAAUAGGAUCAUAAGAUCUUCAAAAUCUGCUCAUGUGGGCUCUCCCCAACCAUCACAGCCUGUGAGGCCAGAAAAAUAUAAGAAAUGGACCCAAGAACGGCUGAAGUUAGCAUACGAUGCUGUUUUGAAUGAAGAGUUAAUAAGUAUUCGCGAGGCAGCUGAUGCGUUUGAUGUUCCCAAGUCUACUCUUCAUGACAGAGUAUCCGGCAGAGUUCCGUUUGGUAAACUUAGUGGUUCUGUAAGAUAUUUGUCCGAUGCGGAGGAAAUGAAUUUAAUAAAGUUUAUUAAACAGUCUGCCAAAAUUGGUGCAGCUAAAUCUAAGGCUGAUGUCAUUUCUAUAGUACAGCGAGUGGUUGAUGCAAAAGACAUGAAAGUUAAAGUCACCAGUGGAUGGUGGGAGUCCUUUAAAAGACGGCAUAAAAACGAAGUGUCUCUGCGUAAGGCUGAGCCGAUCUCCUAUGCCAGACUUGUUGCCAAUAAUCCGGAUAUUAUCAAUAAUUACUUUGAUUAUUUGGAAGAUACUCUGCAGGAAAAUGACCUUUUGGACAAGCCAUGCCAAAUUUUCAACUUUGAUGAAUCGGGAUUUGCUUUGUCUCCUGCACCACCCAAAGUAGUGGCUGUGAAAGGUGCCAAGCAUCCGUACACUGUCAACUCAGGGACAAACGCUCAGAUCACAGUCUUGAGUUGUUGCUCGGCCGGUGGUACUAAUAUCCCUCCUCUGAUUGUUUUGGCUACAAAAACUCUAAACCCUAAAAUGGCAAUUGGAGAGGUCCCUGGCACUGUAUAUAGCUCUUCUGAUAAUGGAUGGAUGACAACAGGGAUAUUGGACGAGUGGUUUGCCCAACACUUUUUGUUAUAUGCUCCUCCGGUUCGCCCUCUGCUUUUGCUCAUGGAUGGCCAUUCUUCUCAUUUUGGUCCUGCCUUUAUUGAAACAGCUGUAGCCAAUGACGUGAUAGUGUUUUGUCUCCCUCCCAAUACAACUCACUUUCUGCAACCACUGGAUAAUGGUCCAUUUGGCCCACUAAUAAAGAGGUACUGGAGGCAAGAAUGCCAUUCAUUCUGCAACAGUAAUCCAGGGAGAGUGGUAACGAAGCUACAAUUCAACCAGCUUUUCAGCAGGGCAUGGAGCCAGGGAAUGACUAUGCAGAACAUUGCUGCAGGAUUUCAACACGCUGGUGUCUAUCCGUUCCGACGUCCAGAGGAAGAAGAUUCCUCUAUACAGCGUUCCUCCUUAGCCAACAGUACCAACAUUAGGUACCUGCCUUUUCAUACUCCAAAACAGCGCAGAAGAAUUAGACCAUCUCAUACUAUUGUCACUGUUGGCGAGGGCAGACGUGGUCGUACCACUGCCAGAGGAGGACUCCAGUCAGAUGAUGAGUUUGGCGAGGGCAGACGUGGUCGUACCACUGCCAGAGGAGGACUCCAGUCAGAUGAUGAGUUUGGCGAGGGCAGGCGUGGUCGUACCACUGCCAGAGGAGGACUCCAGCCAGAUGAUGAGACUAUUGAACCGUUGCACAUCAGUAAUCAAGCUACUACUCAGGAUUGUGUUGGUUCCCAACCAUCUCAACCCAAAGGUUCCAAACCCAAGAAGGCAACUAAGAGAGGUGCCGGUGAUGCUGCAGUACCGAAAGGCUCUGUUGGGAAUCCAGAUGCUGCAGUACCGAAAGGCUCUGUUGGGAAUCUCCUCAGUCAAGGAAAUGGGUGAAGUGCGAUUCCUGUAACGAAUGGUACCACUGUUUGUGUGCGAAAAUUAGCAGCAAAACAGCAGAGACAAAGUCAUAUGUUUUCAAUUGUGUUUUAUGCAAGUGAUGAUUGAGUUUUUUGUUUGUUUGAUGAGAAAU